AUGCCCAUAUCGAUUUUCAAGAAGUUGGGAAUUGAUGAAGCAAGGCCAACCAUUGUCACUUUACAAUUAGCGGAUCACUCUAUGGCACACCCGAAAGGCAAGAUUGAAGAUGUACUUGUGCAAGUUGAUAAGUUCAUUUUUCCGACGACUUUCAUUAUUCUUAAUUAUGAAGCGGAUAGGUAUGUUCUAAUAAUUUUGGGGAGACCAUUUCUUGCUACUAGAAGGACUUUGAUUGAUGUUAAAAAAGGAGAGCGUACUAUGAGGAUGAAUGACCAACAAAUCACUUUCAAUGUGUUCAAUGCUAUGAAGUUUCCAGAUGAGAUUGUGGAGUGCUCUUCUUUGAGUGUGAUUGAUGCUAUUGUGGCUGAAAAAUUGCAUAAAGAAACUUGUAAAGAUAAAAUGGGGGUGAUUUCACUUGAAGAGAUGAGUGAAGAUGAAGAAACCCAAGUUACAUGGGUGGAAUCCCAGCAGCAUUUUACUAAAUUUGGAAGGAAUUUUGAGUCCUUGGAGUUAUCAGAAAGAAAUUUAAAGCCUUCCAAGCGAUCUAUUCAAGAACCACCAAAGUUGGAAUUUAAGCCUUUGUCUAGUCAUUUGAAGUAUGCUUAUUUGGGUUAUGAAGAGACUUUGCCCGUGCUUGUUUCUACGAUGUUGGGAGUUGAAAAAUAG